AUGGCCACCAAAACCUUCAAGCUCAACACCGGAGCUGACAUCCCCGCGCUGGGACUUGGCACCUGGCAAGGCGAAUCCACCCUAGUAAAAGACGCCGUCGUCGCCGCCCUCAAAGCCGGCUACCGCCUCAUCGACACGGCUUACUGCUACGGAAACGAGGAGCACGUCGGCGCGGGCCUGAAAGAGGCGUUUGACCAGGGCAUCGUCAAGCGCGAGGACGUGUUUGUCGUGACGAAGCUGUGGGCGACGUACGCGAGCCGGGCGGAGGUGGGGCUGGAGAAGAGUUUGAGGAAUUUGGGGUUAGAAUAUGUUGAUUUGUUUUUGGUGCAUUGGCCGCUUUUGAUGAACCCUGAAGGCAACGAUGACAGAUUCCCCAAGCUUCCCAACGGCGAGCGCGACAUCCUUCGCGACUACAGCCACAUUCAGAUCUGGAAGAACAUGGAGAAGCUGGUAGAGUCGGGCAAGACCAAGGCUAUUGGUGUUUCCAACUACAGCAAGCGCUACCUCGAAGAACUCCUCCCCCACGCCACCAUCGUCCCAGCCGUCAACCAAAUCGAGAACCACCCGCAACUGCCCCAGCAAGAGAUUGUCGACUUUUGCAAGGAGAAGGGCAUCCACAUCAUGGCGUACUCGCCGUUCGGCAGCACCGGCAGCCCCGUGACGAGCGCCGAGCCGGUGGUUAAAGUUGCUGAGAAGCAUGGCGUUAAGCCUACUACUGUGUUGUUGAGUUAUCACCUUUACCGUGGAAGCACCGUUCUGCCCAAGUCAACGAACCCGGACCGCAUUGAGGCUAACGCCAAGUUGAUCGAGUUGGAUGCUGAGGACCAGAAGCUUCUGAAUGAUUAUUCGGAGCAGUUGGUUAAGGAGGGCAAAGUGCAGCGUUAUAUUUACCCACCGUUUGGGGUUGAUUUCGGGUUCCCGGAUAAGUCGUAG